AGGAUUUCCCCAGCUGUUUUUUUCAAGAGCAAUACAAAACAUGAGCAGCUAUAAGGCCAUUGAAAUUGAUUCCGAUUCGAGUGAGGUUGACGAGACAAUGCCUCCGAAACGCUGCGGGUCACCCCCAAGAAGUGCCGGCGCAAAAGCUAAGAUGGGCAACGAACACACCCCUAAAUCAGCCAAGGUCGCUAGAACGGAACCGGAUUCGACGUCUCCAUCCUCCUCGGACAUGACAAACACCUCGCCCGGCACUGCCGCAGAUGGAUCUGGUAAAUCAGGUCGCAACAGGGCAAGGAAGAGCCAGCAAGGCGCCAGACGCAUCAGUCCUGACCUCCAGUUUGAGUCGGUUGCUGUGGAUGGGGGUGGAGGCGGUGGUGCGUCUGAAGCCCCCAAGAAACCCAAAUUGGAGAAGGAUCCUGAGGACGCGAAGGAUAGGGUGGACAAGGCUAUUAAAGACUUUGUAAAGACCGAUGAGAUGCAGGAGCUCAUCAAGCAGAUCGCCAACGAGCGGGUGCGCUGCAAUUUCCUGUUGGCAACCUACCAACUGCCGGACAUGAACUUCACCCUCAACACAUCCCUGGAUACGCUAUGCAUUCAGUUCCGGGAGCGCCUCAAGCAGCGCCGGGAUCGGGGGAACCCCACCUCGUCGACUGCAGCUCCAAGCACCUCCGCCAGUAGCCAUAAGGGACCCACAAAAGCAGUUCCAAAAUCACAAAAGCCUACAUCUUAAAUCAGCUGUUAUGUAUUUCAUAUAUAGCUUGUGAUUUGUAUUAAGCAAAUAUCACUGAAAAUCUAGGAAUAAAUCUUAGCAUUAAUAGCAUUUAAAAAGGUUGAUUUAAAUUUAGCAUUAAGAAAACACAGAACACGAAAAUAAAGGAUUAAUGAGGAAUUUAAAGAUAUGACAAAAAAUACCCUGUUAAACUUAAGGCACAUAUACACAGUAGUAACAGUAGUUGCCAUUAAUUUUAAAUGUAAGAUAAA